AUGGGUGACAAACAGAUUACGAGAUUUUCUGAGUUGGUUACCAAGAGUGGAUCUAUCAUGAGGAUAGCCGUUAGAGUAUGUGGUUUGAAUCUAACUUGCAUCAACUAUGGUGAGGAAGGGCAUAUUAGUACCAAGUGCAACAAGCCGAAGAAAGAGCAAGCCAAUGGGAAAGUGUUUGCAUUGUGUGGUGUUGAUACUUCUAUUGAGGAGAGAUUGAUUCGAGGUGCGCCGCAUUCUUUUAUUUCUUUGGAUUUUGCUAAGAGAUUGAAUCUUGAAUUAUAUGUUAUGUGUGGAAGGAUGGUUAUUGAUACUCCGACUAUGGGCUCAGUGACUACUUCAUCUGUUUGUUUGAAAUGUCCGUUAAAUAUUUGUGAUAAAGAUUUUAAAGUUGAUUUAGUGUGUCUUCCAUUAAGUCAACUUGAUGUUAUUUUGGGAAUGGACUGGUUGAGGGCCAACCAUGUCUAUAUCAAUUGUUUUGCGAAAGCAGUUUUUUUUCUUGAGACGGAGAAGGAAGGUGAUUUAUUCUUGUCUACUCAACAAGUGAAUUAA